AUGGCAUCCCGGUACCUUCGUGCGCUGGCUUUGCUGUCGUUGGCAGCAGCCCAGGAGCCCAACAUCACCCGCUGCACGAGCGGAGCUGCCAACAUCACCACAGGAAAGGCCUUCCAUGUCCAGGUGUGCAACCUCUUCGGCGCAACAUGCUACAUCAACCAUCCGUACAUCCAAGAUUGCGCCACCGAGUCGCUUGAAAUCCUCAGCGGGGAGUGCAAGCUGUACCCCAUCUUUGAGUACGUUGACAAGUGGGUGCGGUCCGGGGCAAGCGCAGUUGAGGAGCUUUCCACUCAGAAUGACUUGGGCUGCACCGAGUUUAUCUCGGACGGCAAGGCCCAGCUCUCGGGCGCUUGCGCUGCCGUGCAGUGCUCUUUGGGUGGUGGUGCCUGGGCUGGGCCAGGCAUGACGGGCAACAGCCCCCCGACUCGGGAGACAGGAGUGACAAACACGGCUACAGCGGCGUGGACCAACUUCUCGAUUGUGGAGAUCAGCGACGAUGCGAAACAGCUCAAGAACGUGUUCCUCUACCGCACCGGGGACUACGUGGCCACGACGCGGCGCACCUACACGUGGAGCACUGGUGGCGUCACGCUGAGCACUGGCAAGCUGCCGACAUCCAACGGAAACAACUAUGGAGCCUUGGCAUGCCUUGUCUGA